AUGGCGGACGAUCUUCAUCGCCUGGAGAAAGUAUUGUUGGACGAUGAUAUGGACAUUGAACCUGAGGAAGCCGAACAACGUCCCGAGGCUGUCAAGACAACGAAAGCGAAGCACGCAGCAGAUGAAACGCCAAUGAAAGAUCGCGAAGACGGCGUCGCUCGCCAGUGGAAGAUGCUGAACGAUAACAUCGCAGCGCUGCGCCAAACGUUCGAGCAGGCGGUUAGCCAUUGGACGGCCAUCUCGAGCAUGCCGACAAUGGAGCACGGAACGGGUGUAACGGGAGAGAUGCGAUCGCCACCGCAGACACAUGGCACAUGGGAACCGUUCGAGCAGCGCCAGCCGAACAGUGGUCCGGCUAGAGCAAGCGCCCCACCGCGCCACUGCUCAUUCUGCGCCGGCGACCACAGUAGAAAAUUGGAAAUUUCGAGAAUUUCGGCAGUCGAAUGGUGUCGAUAUUCAUAG